CAGCGACCGAGUCAUGAGACGAAUGUGGCACCGAAGGAGUGACUCUGGGGAUCCAUGGAGAGCUUCUACAAUCAGAGCCACGACCCGGACCGGGACUCGAACCGGGAGCAGCACCGGGUGGUCACGGCUGGAGCGGACAGCGGCGCUGGACAGGGAGGGGGUCUCAGCCUCCGCGCCCUGACCGGCUGCGUCCUGUGCGUCCUGAUCGUGUCCACCCUGCUGGGGAACACGCUGGUUUGCGCCGCAGUCAUCAAAUUCCGCCACCUGCGCUCCAAAGUCACCAACUCGUUCGUCAUCUCUCUGGCGGUGUCCGACCUGUUCGUGGCCGUGCUGGUGAUGCCGUGGAGGGCGGUGUCCGAGGUGGCCGGCUUCUGGCUCUUCGGCCGCUUCUGUGACACCUGGGUGGCCUUUGACAUCAUGUGCUCCACGGCGUCCAUCCUCAACCUGUGCAUCAUCAGCAUGGACCGCUACUGGGCCAUCUCCAGCCCCUUCAAGUACGAGCGCAAAAUGACGCGCAGGUUCGCCUUCCUGAUGAUCGGUGUGGCGUGGACGUUGUCCAUCCUGAUCUCCUUCAUCCCGGUGCAACUCAACUGGCACCGCGCGGAGCCGGACAACUCAACGGCCGACAACCCGGAGGACUGCAACGCCAGCCUGAACCGGACCUACGCCAUCUCCUCGUCCCUCAUCAGCUUCUACAUCCCCGUGGUGAUCAUGGUGGGGACGUACACGCGGAUCUUUCGUAUUGCGCAAACCCAGAUCAGACGGAUCUCGUCUUUGGAGAGGGCCGCGGGGCCCCGCGCGCAAAACCACCGCCACCGCAGCUCUACGCACGACGAGAGCUCCCUGAAAACAUCCUUUAAACGCGAGACCAAAGUUCUGAAGACUCUGUCCAUCAUCAUGGGGGUCUUCGUAUUUUGUUGGCUGCCGUUUUUCGUACUGAACUGCGUGGUGCCGUUCUGUGACGUAGACAAACUCGGAGAACCGCCGUGCGUCAGCGACACCACCUUCAGCAUCUUCGUGUGGUUCGGUUGGGCCAACUCGUCCCUGAACCCGGUCAUCUAUGCGUUCAAUGCCGACUUCAGGAAGGCCUUCUCCACCAUCCUGGGCUGCAACAAGUACUGCUCCACGUCCACGGUGGAGACGGUGGACUUCAGCAACGAGCUGGUGUCCUACCACCACGACACCACCAUGCAGAAGGAGGCGUGCGCCAUGCCAGGCUCUGGGCCACAGAGACUCGUGGCCCCGCACACCGGAGGAGACCUAGAGCAGAACUUUGACAAGGUUUCUGUCCUUUCUGGUGAUUCCAGGAACCAAAGGAACCUGCUACUUCCCGCCAUCUUGCAGUACGAGUGUGAGGCAGAGAUCUCCUUACACAUGAUGCCCUUCAACUCCCCAGGACCCACCGACUGUUAUGUCAUCCCAGGUCAGAUCCAGGACCUGUGAGACCCCUGUAGCUCUGAAACUGUUCACCUAUGACUCCUAUGAAACAUCACAGAGCAGGAAUGUGGCUAAAUGUCAGCUCUUCUCCACUUUACAAAGUUAAAGUGUUUGUUUUGUGAACUUUCUUGGAUGAAGGGUCUCUAUCCAUCUUCAGAAGAAGAAAUCUCCUCAUGGU